UUUAUAAUCAUUUACUACUGCUACUAAAAAAAAUCAAUUGCUUAUUGUAUCAAUGCUGCUGCUGUUGCUGCUGUUGUUGAAUUGUUUAAAGAACUCCACCAGACCGCAAAGCAACGCAUCGGCACCUGUUUCUUCGUCACCAAGUUUUGGAUCAUUCCUUAAUUGCAGAGCGAGAUGUUCCAUAUUCGCACAUUGUAAGCCCCUGCAUAAUUCUUUCAUCAACCGUUGGACCAAUCGUUUCUAUGAUAUCCCAUAUGUGAAAAAAAGUAGCAUUACGUGUCGUUCGAUCUCACAAAGAGUUUGCGUUCCUGUUACUGUUGCUUCUGGUGCUCCUUCUGUUGUAGUACUUGUGCUUGCAGUGGCAGCGACCGCCGCCGUAGUUGUCGCUGCUUUUGUCAACGAGGAACCACCCGUGCCACUAAACACAAAGGACAUUGUUUCCGGUGUCAAAAUAGGCGGUGAAUCCCUGUGCCUUUCAAUAUUGGACAAUAUCUCUCUUGCAGACUAUUGCCCAUCAAUCCGUCCGACGACUGCGGUGUGUGCUGAAGAAUUGUUGAUCUUGUAGUGGUGGUUGUCGCAUUUAGAACUGGCAGUUGGGAUGACGGGGAGGAGGACGAAGAAGAAGAAGAAGAAGACGGUGAUGAACCGAUGUUUUCUGGUUGUUGCUGGAGGCGUGAUUGCUGUUGUUGCCGCCGUUGCUCCGCGGUAGGUAUUUUGAAAUACAUUCUUUGGCUCGUAGAGUAGUUUAUUUCAGCAAACUGUUGCAGUCAGUAACAAUAAGGAGAUAGAACAACAAAGAAGAAAAGAACA